AUGGUCUUUGGUGAGUAUCGUUCCUUAAGAAAUCAUCCUACAAGACUUAGGAGCCUUCGUCAAAAUUGGAUAUGUAUGCCGAACUCUCCGCCUUUGACUCGCGGUAAUCCGUUGAAGUCGUUGGACUCUAGCUCCCUAGGCGACGAAGAAGUCCAAAAACCUUCUCCCACACGUAUUCUCAAAUCGAGAGCCAUACCACCAGUCCCUGAAGAACGGUUACCGUGCCCUAAAGCCUCGGCUAACGGGUUGAGCCGAACAACAGCCAGUUGGAUACAGCCCCUAUUAUCAGUCGGACGUCGAAGAACUCUGGAAACCAAUGAUAUUUGGCUGGUGAAUCCUGAGAGAAGCAUCGAGACCCUCCGCGAAAAGUUUGGGGCGUCUUUCGAGUAUAAACACUCGCUAGCGCUUGCUCUCUAUGUCACCUCCGUGCGUGAGUUCUGGAUUGGUGGUAUUUGGCAAUUGGCUGCCUCGCUGUGUCAAGUAGGCAUCCCGCUUGUCUUGCGCUUUCUGCUAUCGUUCGUAACCGAAAAAUAUCAAGCUGAAAAUGCUCUAUCCAAAGGUGACAUGGAAGGACCAGCUUUGUGGAAGGGUUUGAGUCUGGUUGCUGGACUCUUGUUGUUGCAAUUCGUACAAGGAAUAGGUGUCAACCAGUUCUCCUAUCAUGGAUCCAUGAUGGGUGUGCAGUCAAGAGGAGUCUUGAUCGCUGCAAUUUUCGAGAAAUUCAUGAAACUUCCUGUGCAACUGCAUGGGACCAAUGCAGGAGCAUCAUAUUCCACCAUGAACUUAAUGUCUUCCGAUACAAACCAUAUUAGUCAAGCGGCAGGGGCGUUCCAUCUUGUGUGGACCGCCCCCAUAACUAUCGCCCUAGCCAUCGUCUUAGUCCUCGAUACCCUCACCUACUCGGCAAUUCCCGGCAUUUUCUUGCUCUUGUUUGGAGUCCAAGGUCUAACCCUCGCUGUUAAAUGGAUCGGAAGGCUGAAGCCAGUACUCAGACAGUUCACCAAUGCUCGUGUCUCACUGACUCGAGAAGUUCUACAGCACAUUAGCUUCGUCAAGUAUAACACGCUAGAAGAUCACUUCUUAGACGAAAUCGGGCGGCAUCGAACUAAGGAACUUGGAAUUAUCUUGAGGGUCCUUACUAUAAGGAAUUUUAUGUUCGCUGCCUCCACCUGCCUACCCGUCAUGGCUUCAGUAUUGUCGCUCUCGGUUUACUCGGCUACUGGACACCAUCUCAUGGCGCCGACAGUAUUCUCGUCCGUUGUGGUCUUUAACACCCUCCGUGUUCCUUUCGCUUCCAUGUCUGUCUCUCUAAGACAGGUUGCCGAGGGUUGGGCCGCAGUGAAAAGACUGCAAAAAUUCUUGGACUCAGAAGAGUCUAAAGAGGAAUCUGUCUGGGACAUAAACUCGGAGUUCGCUGUUAGUGUGGAACGAGGAAAAUUCGCGCGGGCGAUCUCUCCCAAUGCCCGUGAAAAUGCCGAGACUUCCGGGCACGACGAACAUCACACGCAGGGGCCGCCAUUCUCGCUUGCUGAUACCGACUUUUCUAUCCCCCGCGGGGAGCUGAUUGCUGUGGUUGGGACGACCGGGUCUGGGAAGUCAUCCUUACUAUGUGCAUUAGCGGGACAGAUUCCAAAGAUUAGCGGCAAGGUCACAAUAGGAGUCGCGUCAAGAGCAAUAUGCUCGCAAGAUGCAUGGAUCCAAAGCGCCUCUGUCAAAGACAACAUACUCUUCGGCAAGCCCAUGAAUCGCGAGGUAUACGAUCGUAUUAUUAAAGCUUGCGCCCUAACUCUCGAUAUCGAAGCCCUUCCCGAGGGCGAAAACACUAAAGUAGGCGAGCGAGGCGCAAGUCUCAGCGGCGGUCAGUGUCAAAGAAUUAACUUGGCUAGAGCUGUAUAUGCAAACAGCGAUUUGGUUCUCUUGGAUGACCCCCUAUCAGCAGUGGAUGCCAACGUCGGACAACACUUGUUUAAUGAGGUUAUCCUGGACGAACUGGGAGGUAAAACAAGAUUCUUGGUUACAAAUCAACGAAAGUAUCUCGCCUGGUGUGAUAAAGUCUUAUGGAUGGAAAAUGGCCGUAUUAGAGCCAUGCGUUCGUACCUGAAACUCUAUCAAAGUGAACCUGACUUUCAUACCAUGUUGGAAACCACCGCGAGCAAUGAAAAAGAAAAAUUGUUCGGUGGCAGUCUGCCUGACAAGGCGCCCACUAGGGCUAGGGGACAUCUACAUGUCUUCAACCGGUAUUUUCGGUCUUCUGGACACCUCUGCAAUAGUGCUAUACCGGUUCUAUUUCUUGUAUUGGCCCAGGGUACCGGUACCAUGACAAGUUUAUGGUUGUCGUAUUGGACGUCCAACAAAUUCGCCUGGCUGUCAAGAAACCAAUAUGCUUUUAUGACGUUCGGUCUUGCUUUCAGCCUCCCCAUAAUCGGAAAUCGGGCAAGCCGAAGACUUCUCAAUCAAGCUGUUGCUAAACCCCUUGGCCAUGUUUUGCACCCCUUUGCCGAUAAUGCCGAGGCAAUGGACCAACAAUUUCCGGAAUCCUUGACUACUUUUCCCUGCUCGAUUGCUGCCAUAUCGAGCACGUUUAUUGUCAUACAAUGCUAUUAUCCCUGGUUUUCUGUCAUGUCGGUGCCACUAUUCUUCGGGUGCAUAUGUAUACUAAGGGAUUUCGAAACUAAGCUGCGUGGUGAUGUGUUGUCUAUGUUCUCUGAAUCCAUUGCGGGGGCGGGGACAAUAAAGGCGUACGGAAAACACCAUCACCUCUUGAGGAGACUCUGCGAUUCCAUUGAUGUUAUGAAUGCAUCCCUCUUCCUAUUAUCCGGUGCUCAACUGUGGCUCACGACCCGGCUCAACCUGAAAGCUCUGAUUGUGAUCAUAGUAGCUGGUACAUUAAUUAUCUGCAAUGGGGUUCAUGUUGAGCCUAGUGUAUCAGGCCUUAUUCAAUUGCUUGUCCAACAGAUUGGACAGCUUGAAGAUCGCGUCCACUCUUUGAGCUUUUUGCUAGACUUCGUUUUGGAAAUACGCCGAGAAUUCUUUCAUCGCUGGGGAGUGUCAGAUCUCCCCAAGGGUUGGCCUACGGAGGGCGACAUUACUAUAACUGGCGUCAAUAUGCGCCAUGGGCCUAACCGGCCAAUGGUACUAAAAGAUUUCAAUAUUCAUAUACAGCAAGAGGAGAAAAUUGGGCUUGUUGGACGUACCGGCGUUGGAAAAUCAUCACUGGCAGCUGUCCUUUUUCGAUUUGUCGAGCUCACCAGCGGCACUAUCAUCAUAGAUGGCUGGGACAUCCAGCGUAUCCCAUUGCACAUCCUUCGGUCGGGAAUCUCGAUCAUCACUCAACGUCCUACUUUCUUUCGAGGGACGAUCCGCUCGAACCUUGAUCCUUGUGGCCAACACACGGAAGAACACGCGCAUCGUUAUCUGCGAUGA